AUGAAUUCCCUCUCGGACACCGGUAUAUCCGCAGGUGUAAUGGCAGUAAUUAUCAUUGCUGCUAUUGCCGUACUUGUCGGAUUAACGACUCUGCUAUGUACCGGAAUCAAUUUCGCUAAGAGCAGAAGGAGAACCAGGCGUCUGCAGUCUAUGUCACCAGUACGUAUCAUUACUCCAGCAGAAUGUAUUGCGCAAAACCGCGCCUUACCACCCUUGGUGACAAAUGCUGGAACCGCAUCGAUGUUACGAUUCAUACCAUCCGGUCCAAGUACUCCUUGUGAAGCUGGUAGCCCAAAACCUCAAUCGCCGAAAAUGUUUUAUAUUGCAGCAGAUCCACCACCGACUUAUGAGGAAGCUAUGCAAAUGGCGCUAGAAAGUAACCAAGCCAGCCCUAGCCAGAGCACUAGUAUUGCUGCGACAAUUCGAAACGAUGAUACUUCCAAUUCAUCGUCGUCCGCUGCAGAUGCUGUCCCAGCUGAUGGCCGAGAGGUCGGUGCAGUUACAGGGUCAAAAAGCAUCCCAUCGGCAGAUAAUCCAGAAAGCAGCAGUUCUUCGCAUCUGCCGUCGACCCGCUCAGCAGCUGCAGAUGAAACAUGUAGUACAACAUCCAAAGCAUCACCUUCAAGUAUUGAAAACGAUGCACCGUCGACCACUCAUUGUAAACAAAAUAAAGGAGAUCUAACCAAGAAAUCUGAAUCAAAUUCUCCUUUACCUUUAAAACAAAAAAGUUUUGAAGAAGUGGCGUUGUAG